AUGCAAUUCACCACGAAUAUCCUCCUCGCCAUGAUGGCAGCCACCUGCGUUGUCGCCGUUCCUGGUAAGCGACGCCCCCCUCCCCCAACACCCCCUAUUCUUGUUAUGUCUCUAACCAAUGUCUUCUUUCUGCGAUUUAUAGGCCCUCUAGUGAAGCGAGAUGCGGUUGCGAAGGCCUGCUCUACAAACCAACACCCUCGCCAGUGCUGGUCAAGCUGCGACCCCCAAAGUAGUUCAAACGGCAUCCCCACCAACAACCCAUGGCAUGAAGGCGAUAACUGGUGCCUCCUAGAAUACCAAGGAAUUGGCGGGCUUGAACAAUCGCUGGAACCGCUCAUGUGUGGGGAGGAUAAUGACGCGUACACUUGUCAGAAUGAAAAGGCCAUUUGUGAUGGCCACGGCUGCACUCCGGAUGAUAAAUCAGACUAG